AAGACGUUAGUGGAGCUGUGAUUGGAUGGCCGUCGGUUAGUUUCAAACAUGGCGGAACCAUCAGCUAAGGAGCCGCUAACUGGAGCAUAUUUUCACAAAGAAAGGAAGAAAUACAGCCCAGAGGAGGAGGCCAAGCUGGAGCGGCAGCAUUUCUGGAGAAUAAUCGAUGCAUUUCGGUCUUACAGGUUUCAUGUCCAAGAGCAGGUCAAACGGGCUGAGCGUCAGUUUUACAGCCUGUCGCAAAGGCACCAAACGAUGCUACCCGGUGUUCUGGCCAACCUUGGUCGGAUCAUGCAGUGCGCCGAACACAACCAGGAUGUCCUGGAGGCUAUCGUUCACAACAGCCUUCACAUGUUUGAGAACGUGGAGUAUGGGGAAAGGGAGGAUCCGAGAAAGACACGCCCAUCCUCUACUUUUGACAUGGACAAACUGAAAUCCACCAUAAAGCAGUUUGUCAGAGACUGGAGUGAAGUAGGAAAGGCUGAAAGGGACACUUGCUACAAACCCAUCAUCCAAGAGAUCCAGAGGCUCUUCCCAAGUGACCAGUGUGAUGUGUCUAAGGUGAGCGUGCUGAUUCCUGGUGCGGGGCUUGGUCGACUUGCUUGGGAGAUAGCUCGGCUGGGGUACGCAUGCCAGGGCAACGAAUGGAGCUUCUUCAUGCUUUUCUCCUCCAACUUUGUUCUCAACAGAUGUGAGACAGAGAAUACCCUGACCCUGUAUCCCUGGAUUCACCAGUUCAGCAACAACAAGAAAUCCUCCGACCAAACUCGACCGAUCAGAUUCCCGGACGUGAACCCCCAGAGCCUGCCGCUGAACACAGACUUCUCCAUGGUAGCGGGGGACUUUGUGGAGGUUUACAGUGAACCGGAAUGCUGGGACUGUGUGGCAACCUGCUUCUUUAUUGAUACUGCUAAUAACGUCUUGGAGUAUGUGGACACAAUUUGGAAGAUUCUUAAGCCUGGCGGAGUAUGGAUCAACCUUGGCCCACUGCUGUAUCACUUUGAGAAUAUAGCCAAUGAGCUCUCUAUUGAGCUUAGCUAUGAGGACAUUAGGACAGCGAUGAUAAAAUAUGGCUUCAUCUUUGAGGCGGAGAAGGAGUCGCUACAGACGACUUACACUGAGAAUGACUGCUCAAUGCUGAGAUACGUUUAUGACUGCAUCUUCUUUGUUGCUCGAAAACCUGCUGAGCUGCAGUUUAAUGCUGUAGAAGAAGCAGAGCAACAGCUAAAUUCUCCACCAGCUGCCAAGUCGUCCAGGCGGGAGGGUAGCAAUAGGCUAACGUGACGUAAAACCAUUAAGCAAACAUGGUAAAUUUGAAGAGGUUUAACCGCCAAUAUUUUUCUCCUUCAAUACAACUUUUAAAUUGCCACUCUCUGAAAAGUGCUUCCACCCUCAUGGAUUUUUAGAGAGCACUUGAGUACAGCUGAAACUGUGGGUUUAGUAAAGCAGGAUGGGGCCAGUAUGAGUUUCUCUUGCUAUGAUAACUGAGUGGAAAAGAAGAAUUUUUAAUGAUGUCAGAGUAUUGACCGAAAUUCAAAGCAGAAAUGCAUCACACUAUAUGUUUUUCCUUUAUAUUAAACAUUUUUUUCUUUCCAUGUAAGUGAUGGAAAAGUCUUUUUGUCAGCUGAUCUGUAUUGCAAAGCAGUGGCUGAGGGGAAAAUAUGGAACUGAUCCGUAUAAAAGUAAAAAAUAUAUUAAUAAAAAAAAAAAGUUCUCCAUCCGACACUUUCCCUGGUAUCUCAUUUAA